AUGCUAUUCAAACAGCAGGCGUUGCUGAGACAGAAGCUCUUCGUGUUGGGCAGCCUUGCUAUCGGGAGUCUCCUCUAUCUAGUGGCCAGGGUUGGGAGCUUGGAUAGGUACGUUGUUUGCUGAAAGCAAUGCCUGUUGAAUGUCAAGUAUAGAAUGCUUUUAGUUUAUAUGAAUAAUCUAAUAUUUUUUUCCAAUAACAAAAUCUUGAUCAUAUAUGAUUAGAUUAUGAUAAGACUUUAUAGUAUUUAACAAUGUCUUUAAAGUUAAUUCCAAAGUGCUCUAUAGUAUACUGAUGAAAGUAUUAUACAGAACUAAAUGUCUCUUUCUGUGUUUUCCCCUCCUCCAGGCUGCAGCCUAUUUGCCCCAUAGAGAGCAGACUGGGCCCUCCUCACCUGCCGGAGCAGAUCCCUCUCCGGACCCUGCAGUAUAAACGCGGCCUGCUCCACGAGAUCCGCAAGGGCAAUGCCACCAAAGAGCAGAUCCGCCUGCACAACCUGGUGCAGCAGCUGCCCCGGGCCAUCAUCAUCGGGGUGCGCAAGGGGGGCACGCGCGCCCUGCUGGAGAUGCUCAACCUGCACCCGGCUGUGGUCAAGGCCUCGCAGGAGAUCCACUUCUUUGACAACGAACAAAACUACGCCCGGGGCAUCGACUGGUACCGGGAGAAGAUGCCCUUCUCCUUCCCCAACCAGAUCACCAUUGAGAAGAGCCCCGCCUACUUCAUCACAGAGGAGGUCCCGGAACGCAUCUUCAAGAUGAACUCCUCCAUCAAGCUGUUGAUUAUUGUGCGUGAGCCCACCACCAGAGCUGUGUCUGACUACACACAGGUGCUGGAGGGCAAGGAGCGUAAGAACAAGACCUACCACAAGUUUGAGAAGCUGGCCAUCGACGGCAACACGUGUGAGGUGAACAUAAAGUAUAAGGCGGUACGGACCAGCAUUUACACCAAGCACUUGGAGCGCUGGCUGAAGUACUUCCCUGUGGAACAAUUUCACAUUGUGGACGGCGACCGUCUGAUCACAGACCCUCUGCCUGAGCUGCAGCUCGUUGAGCGCUUCCUCAACCUCCCCUCCAGAAUCAGCCAGUAUAACCUGUACUUCAAUGCCACCAGGGGAUUCUACUGCCUGCGAUUUAACAUUGUCUUCAACAAGUGCCUGGCAGGCAGCAAGGGGCGCAUCCACCCUGAGGUGGACCCCUCAGUGGUGGCCAAACUGAGGAAGUUCUUCCACCCCUUCAAUCAGAAGUUUUAUCAGAUUACUGGGAGGACGUUCAACUGGCCCUGA